AUGAGUGAUAUCAGUGGUAUCAGGGGCGCUGGUACUGGCAUCACUGGUAUCAGCGGCAACAGCAGCCAAAGCAUCAGUGCCUUGGGAAUGCCGAGGCUGGUGGCAGGCAUGGAUCUUGCCGUACCUGCCGGGUUGGAGGCAUGGGGUGUGGGGAGAGGAGGGGAUUUGUGGGACUUGGAGGGAAAUGGAGAGGGCUUUUUUGGAGUCUCUUAUAACGGGGGAGAGCUUAACGGGAGCGGCAGAUGGGUCCAGAUCGUUCGUUUUAAGCAUGAUGUGGCGCUCUCCCUGCCACGUGGCAUCCGCCCUCUGCGUAACUCUCUUUUCCCCUCCAUACCCGCAUCUCUCUUCCUCAAUCUUACUCCCUCUGUGUCCCUCCUCCUUCACUCCGUGCUUCUCGUCCUUCCUUCCUCCCUCUUUUGCUCCCUCCUCCCCCCCAUCUAUAUCGCUCUCUCCACCUUUCUGUCUCUCUCCACCUCUCUGUCUCUCUCCAACUCUCUGUCUCUCUCCAACUCUCUGUCUCUCUCCAACUCUCUGUCUCUCUCCAACUCUCUGUCUCUCUCCACCUCUCUGUCUCUCUCCAACUCUCUGUCUCUCUCCAACUCUCUGUCUCUCUCCAACUCUCUGUCUCUCUCCAACUCUCUGUCUCUCUCCACCUUUCUGUCUCUCUCCACCUCUCUGUCUCUCUCCAACUCUCUGUCUCUCUCCAACUCUCUGUCUCUCUCCAACUCUCUGUCUCUCUCCAACUCUCUGUCUCUCUCCACCUCUCUGUCUCUCUCCAACUCUCUGUCUCUCUCCAACUCUCUGUCUCUCUCCAACUCUCUGUCUCUCUCCAACUCUCUGUCUCUCUCCAACUCUCUGUCUCUCUCCAACUCUCUGUCUCUCUCCACCUCUCUGUCUCUCUCCAACUCUCUGUCUCUCUCCAACUCUCUGUCUCUCUCCAACUCUCUGUCUCUCUCCAACUCUCUGUCUCUCUCCAACUCUCUGUCUCUCUCCACCUCUCUGUCUCUCUCCAACUCUCUGUCUCUCUCCAACUCUCUGUCUCUCUCCACCUCUCUGUCUCUCUCCACCUCUCUGUCUCUCUCCGCGUCCCUCUGCUCCCCCCUCGCCCUCCCAUUCCCAAUGCCCGACUUUUCUCACCUUGUCUUCUCAACUCCCUCCCAUCCGUGUCCCCUGCGCUCUCCCCUCCCAGCGCGCCUAUGCGUGUAUCGUUGCUGCCAAGGCGGUGGCGAGGGUGUUAUCUUACCGCCUCCCAUCCCCCUAUUCCUCUGCGCUCUCCCCUCCCAGCGCGCCUAUGCAUGCAUCGUGGCGGCCAAGGCAGUGGCGUGGGUGGCAUCUCUGCAUCUCAUGGAAGGCGCCCUGACUCGUUACAAGGAUCGUGAGGGAGAGAAGCACGCAGUGACUCGUUAUAAGGACCGAGAGGAAGAGGGGCACGCAAUGACUCGAUUUAAGGACCUCGGGGAAGAGCAGCAGAGAUUGACUCGUUAUAAGGAGCACGAGGGGGUGCAAGGCGCGUGGUUUCGCUACAAGGACGGGGAGGCAGGGGCUGGCGAGUGCUCGCAUGCAGAAGCUGCCAAUCGUGGCCUGCCACGUGGAGGCUGUGAGAGAACUCGAGAGAGCCGCAGGGAGGGGCUUAAGGGACUUGGCGAAUCUGAGGCAUGGUUAAGGGACCACUCGGGUAGUAGUCCGUGUGUGUGCUGCUGUGAGAAGAGGGGGAGAGUGAUGGGUGGGGUAAGAGGAGAGAGGAGGCAUGGGGAGCAUGGGAUGUAUGGGGUGCAUGGGGAGCAUGGAAUGCAUGACAUGCAUGGGGUGCAUGGGAGGCGUGGAGUGGGUUUGAGGCAUGGGGAGCAUGGGAUGCAGCAUGGGGUGCAUGGGGAACGUGUGAGGCGAAGGCAGCAGCGUGGCAUGCAUGGGCCAGCAGCGAACCGCCUUAACAUGCAAUGGGCGGCAGCAGCAGAGGCAGGAGAAGCAGAGGCAGCUGCAGCAUCAGAGACAGCAGAAGCAACAGGAGGGAUAGUAAGCGUGGCACGAGCGUCAGCUGAAAAGGACGAGGCAGCAGCCGCUGCAGGAGCAGCAGCAGCGGCGGCGGCAGCAGCAGCAGCGGCGGCGGCGGCAGCAGCAGCGGUGGAGCUGGAGAGGUGUGCAGCGAGGGCUGGGAUGGACCGACUGGUGCUGGAUUGGGUGUUUGGCCCGGGGGAGAGCACACGCAGGUGGGUGGCUGACGGUGGGGAGAGCACACGCAGGUGGAUGGCUGACGGGGAGGGAAGCACAGGCGGUUGGGACAUGCGACCAGGGGAGAGCACAGGCAGGUGGGUGGCUGACGGUGGGGACCACACUGGUGGUUGGAUGAUUGAGACGAGAGAAAGCAGUGGCAAGUGGAUGGCUGGGGAGUGUGGAGAGGAGUUUUUGGAGGGUAGCCUGAGUUUUGAGACGUGUCAGAAUCAGUUUCAGGAGGGGAGUCAGAGUUUCGAGACGCCUGAGAAAGAGUUUGUGGAGGGAACGCAGAGUGGCCGUAGGGAGGGUGAGAAUAGGUCUCUCUAUGGUGAUUCACAUGAAGAGCUUGAUGUGAUUCAGAGGGUGCGGGGAGAUCGGCGCUUGUCUGCCGCCCUCCCCAGCAUCCUAGAGGAAGGUUCUGAGAUGACUGGGGAGACACAGGGAGAGUUUGGGCCAGCUGGGAACGUUGAUGCUCCGUGUAUCUAUGAAUCAGGGCCGUGGGGAGUGUCCGCAAAUUGGUUUCAAGGGGGGAGACGUGUGGAAAAUUCGGGCUUUGGUAUGCCGGAUCUCACUGAUAUUGAGUCGUCCACUAACGAGUCGGCAGCGGGAGAGGGUGGUAUGGCGCAAGGGGGUGCAGUGGUAGGUACAAGAGUGGUAGCAGAAGGGGUUUCUGUUUCACUGGUGGGGUUCCUGGCGUCCUUUGAAGCGGAGAUGAGUUCUGGCAGGACUGGUGGUGCGGGGGAGGUGACAGGGGAGGGAGAGAGGGAGGGAGGAGAGGAGGGCGGAAGGAAGUGGAGUGAAGGGGGGCUGGGUGGGAGGGAGGAUGAGGGAGGAGAAGGGAGGGAAGGAGGUGCAGAGGGGGAGGUGGGAGAAAAUGCUGUUGAAGGAGAAGGGAAGGUAGAAGAGGAGAGGAGGUCUGGGAAGGAGGUGAGGGUUGAGGAAAGGAGGGGUGGGGGAGGGAGGGGUGAAGAGGGGAGAGUGGAGAAGGAGAGAGGGGGAGGAGAAGGUGGAGAGUGGGAAAGGGAGGGGUUAGACUUGGGACAGGGAGGAGGAGGAAGAGAGGGCAAAGGAGCGCUAGGUGGUGAUUCAGAGGAGGGAUUGGGAAGAGAGGAGGUGGGAAUGGGAAGGGACGAGGGGAGUCUUCUCACUCAGUCAAAUUGGCUGAGACUGAGUGAACUAGUGGCGCAACAGCAAGGGCAAAUAGAGGAGCUGCGGCGGCUGUUAGGGCAGCAGAUGGAGGCGUGCCAUGCUCUGGCUGCUGCUCUGAGGCUGCAACACCAGGAGCGUCAGCAUUUGGGGAGGCAGGGGGAGCAAGGGUUGGGAGGUUUGAAGGAGACUCAGGAGGCAGAUCUAGAGGAAACAAAGCUUCGAGAAAGCAGGUCCGAGGAAGCAGAUGGGGCAGAAGGGGAAGAAGGGGCAGAGGAGGCGGGUGGUGAAAGAGAGAAGGAAGUACGGGAUAGUGGAGGAGGCGAGAGAGAGGGGGCACGGGAAUGGAGGGACCUGGAUUGGGAUGACGAGUUGAUGCAGCAGUCGGGGGAGCUGCGAGGAGAUAUCACGAGCCUGAAGGAUCAGCUUGCUCAAAGGGCCAACCACAUAGCAUCACUCAAGCAGUUGCUCCUUCACACCAUGGCUCAGCUCAAGUCCCACUCUCCCUCCCGCUCUCCCUCCUGCUCUCCCUCCCGCUCUCCCUCCUGCUCUCCCUCUUGCUCUCCCUCCUGUUCUCCCUCCAGCUCUCCCUCCUAA